ACUUCUUUUUCUCUCCCUAUCUAAAAUCUACUGUUUACCGCCGGCGAGGCGCCACCGGGGCCUUCUUGUUUGCGUCAAAAUCUGCGCACUCGACAAUGGCCGCUUCUCUUACGCGAUCCUUAAUUUCCCCCCUCACGAGCCGAACCACUGCUAAACCCUCGCGCUCCGAUCAAGCGCCGCAGAUUCUACUUUGCGCAAGACGGCGCUCCUGCGUGUCGGUACGAGCCUCCACAUUCGGUAACAACAAUUCAUCUGAUGGAGCCGCUGUUUCCUCUGCAUGCAAUGUGCUAACCCAGGAUUCGCUUCCGAGGCGUUUGACGUCGGCGCCAGUGCCUAAUUCAGGGUCCGGUGGUUCUCCCCUCCGCGUUGCUUAUCAGGGGCUCUGUGGGGCACAUAGCGAAUCUGCUGCCCAGAAGGCAUAUCCCAACUGUGAGCCUGUACCUUGCGAUCAAUUCGAAACUGCAUUUGAAGCUGUUGAAGGCUGCUCUGUGGACAGAGCUGUGUUACCCAUCGAAAACUCUUUGGGUGGGAGUAUCCACAGAAAUUACGACCUCUUACUUCGACACAGGCUACAUAUAGUUGGAGAAAUAAAAUAUGCUGUUCGUCAUUGCUUGCUAGCAAAUCAAGGUGUUAAAGUUGAACACUUGAAGAGGGUUCUAAGUCAUCCCCAGGCACUUGCUCAAUGUGAACAUACGUUAACCAGGUUGGGAUUGGUUAGAGAAGCAGUGGAUGAUACUGCUGGUGCAGCAAAGCAUGUUGCACUCAAGAAAUUGGAGGACACAGGAGCUGUUGCUAGUUCCGCUGCAGCUGAAAUCUAUGGCCUAGAUAUAUUAGCAGAAGACAUUCAGGAUGCCUCUCUCAACGUUACAAGAUUUCUGAUGUUGGCGAGGGAGCCCAUAAUUGCAGGCACUGAUCGUCCCUUCAAGACAAGCAUAGUCUUUUCACUUGAGGAGGGCCCUGGAAUACUUCACAAGGCUCUUGCAGUUUUUGCAGAGAGGCAAAUCAACCUAACGAAAAUUGAGAGCCGCCCUAUGAGUUGGAGUUCUCAGAGAUUUCCUGGACUGGAUGCCAUUGGACUUCAGAAAUGCUUCCACUAUCUGUUCUAUGCCGAUUUUGAGGCUUCAAUGGCUAAUGAUGAUGCUAAAAUGUCCCUACAAGAUCUGGAAAAGCUUGCAACAUCCUUGCGAAUUUUAGGGAGUUAUCCAGCUGAUACCACCAUGCUAUGACGAAACUCUUGGAAUGCAGUAAGCAUUUACCUGAUUGAUUGCUUUGCAUAUGCUUCAUUUCUUCCGUUCUUAAGACGGUACUGGGUAGUCCAUUCCCACCACCUUAAACCUUCUCUGGUUCUGGUUGCCAAUGCAGGUGAUGACCGGCCAUGAGGAGAAACAUGGGGUGUUUCGAGCGGCGACCAAUCCUCCUUACUUCUGAUUUUGCCAAUGUUUUGCAGCAGUUUUUGCAGAGAUGAGCUGAUGCACUAGUGUGAUGGAUCACCCGAUGACGGCCACCACCAUGCUUCGUUCGUGGCUAGAGGGCUGGCCCAAAAAGCCCAUCAACGUAUGAGUACUGCUGCUGUCCUAAGAUAGCUUUGAUAAUUGUUUUUGGUAGGAUCACUGUCACCCUAAGUGAUCUGUUCUUGGUUGAUUCUUAGGUGAAAAGAUCACCUAAAGUGACUCCUGCAUAGCUGUUAUUGGCGAACACCAUUAAGCAAUUCUUGGAUUGGCCUUUGAGAAUAGAGAUCAUCUUAGAUCUUAGGAGACCGGAUAGUAUCUUCAAUGCAAUCCGAUCCCGGUCAUUAGAUUUUCUAGAGCAGAUGACUAUUAAGUAUUAAGCAAAAUCGUGUUACAAACUGGUCGCUAGAAAAGAACAUCUGAUCCAAAAGUUCCAACAUAGUAGCAAACUGUAACUCUGUGUUCUUGCAUAAACAGGUUGAAAAACU